CAGGAGGGGAGGAGACUUCGCUUCGCCUAAAACCUCGGGACUCGAGAGCUUCCCACACGAGACCCAGCCAUGGCGAUCUCCCAGAUCUCCCGCGGGACCCUGGCCCUCCUCUUCCUCCUCGCCGCAGCUGGCGUCGCCGUCUCCCCGGCCGCCGCCAACGGCCACGAUGAGGUGGUGAGCCUCACGGAGUCCACCUUCGAGAAGGAGGUCGGCCAGGACCGCGGCGCGCUCGUCGAGUUCUACGCGCCCUGGUGUGGUCACUGCAAGAAGCUGGCCCCUGAGUAUGAAAGGCUUGGUGCAAGUUUUAAGAAAGCUAAAUCUGUCUUGAUCGCGAAGGUUGAUUGUGAUGAGCACAAGAGUGUGUGCAGCAAAUAUGGAGUAUCUGGGUAUCCAACAAUCCAGUGGUUUCCCAAAGGAUCAUUGGAACCCAAAAAGUUUGAAGGACAACGCACUGCAGAAGCCCUUGCGGAAUUUGUUAAUAGUGAAGGAGGCACCAAUGUAAAGCUGGCGACCAUUCCUUCCAGCAUUGUUGUGCUCACCCCUGAGACUUUUGAUUCAGUUGUCCUUGAUGAAUCAAAAGAUGUCCUUGUUGAGUUCUAUGCCCCAUGGUGUGGUCACUGCAAGAGUCUUGCUCCGACUUAUGAGAAGCUGGCUUCUGUUUUCAUGUUGGAUGAGGGGGUCGUGAUUGCUAACCUUGAUGCUGACAAACAUAGAGACUUGGCUGAGAAGUAUGGAGUUACUGGAUUUCCUACAUUGAAGUUCUUUCCAAAGGGAAACAAAGCUGGUGAAGAUUACGAUGGUGGCCGGGACUUGGGUGGCUUUGUCAAGUUCAUCAAUGAGAAGUGUGGCACCAGCCGUGAUACCAAGGGUCAACUCACUUCGGAGGCUGGCCGUGUAUCUAGUCUGGAUGCCCUGGCAAAGGAGUUCCUUGAUGCUGCCAGCGACAAGAAGAAGGAAGUCCUCUCCAAUAUGGAAGAGGAGGUAUCUAAGCUCAGUGGUGCUGCAGCAAAGCAUGGAAAGGUCUAUGUAACCAUCGCAAAGAAGAUCCUGGAGAAAGGCAGUGACUAUACUAAGAAGGAAACCGAGAGGCUUCAACGCAUGUUGGAGAAGUCCAUCAGCUCCUCAAAGGCUGAUGAAUUCAUCAUCAAGAAGAAUGUUCUUUCAGCAUUCUCUUCCUAAGGCAAUGAUGGGCUCCAUUGUCACCUUUCGGAUAUAGGCAAAAAGACAUCGGAAGAUUAGGAGUGAUAAUGAGAGUUAAGUGGCGGUAGAACUAAUAUUGGGGUUUCCCUUGAGUACUCGUAAUACGAGUACCCUUUUGCAAAUUCCAGUUAUUUUCCUCUCUGCUUACUUCGAUUUAGUCCGUAGCGAAAUAGUUUACAUUUGGAUGGAGAGAUGGAAAACCUUGUGACUACAGAUCUUAAUUUUCCAAUACAGCUCAGUGUAUGGGCUUAUAUAUCAACCUGGAAAGCUGAAUGCUGCAA